GUGAAUGUUUAUUCAUUUGCAAUGUUGGUAUUGAUAUUCGAAAGUAGACAUGACACCAUGGUUAUACUAUCUCAUUCCUCCAUUGAAAAAAUGCGACUUCUGUUAUUUCUUAUGAAUUACAAUUUUUUAUGAUUAUGUUGUGAUCAAGUUAUUUUUUUGGGCAUAAGACGGUGCCUAAGUCCCCAGUAACCCUUUACAGUAGCUAACUGUUUACAUCCAAAAUCUAUCUUGGGUGAGCAACACCCAUAGGAUCUGUAAGUAAAAAAGGUCUACAACCCUCUAGAGGUUUGAGCUACUUCUUCAACUCAAACUCCUGAGUGUUACUAAAGUUUGCAAGCCAGUUAGCAGAUUCAUUCCCCCCUCUAUUAGUAUAUUGCAUCAUUAUUUGCCAUUUCACAUUAACUUCCAUUUGUAUCGGCCUCAGCACCUGAUUCUUUACUGUUCCUCCUACCCAAAACCUCCUUCCACAUACUGACUACAGUGAUUGGAAUAUAGAAUCAAUCUCAACAAUAAGUUUCCUCAAUCUGAACUCCAUAGCUAAUCUGAUUCCCAACAGCGCACCCCACAGUUUUGCUGUUACACUAGACAAACCCCCAGUUUCUUCAUAAAUGCACCCAGCUAUCUUCAAUUUCCAUCAACCAUAGCAGCUGCUGCUUCUUCUUCUUGCCAAGGGUUCCGUUCAACUGUGUCUGCAGCUCCUGCUCCAGUCUUACCUAGAAAGGAUUCUCAUGUUUGCCUUUAUUAUACAACUAUUAUUAUGUCAUUUAUUCCUUAGUAAUAAUCAUGUUUUAUUCCAUGAUUAUGGAUAGUGUGCUAAUCAAUUAGUUUUCCCCAAUGCUCCAAACACUGCAGGAUUAUAUUAGAGAAAGUGAUAAUCUAGUCUCUCUUCAUGAUCAAAUUCGAGAUUGUGAUAGUAUCUUGUCACAAAUGGAAACUCUUCUUAGCGGAUUUCAGGCUGAAAUUGGUUCUAUUAGUUCAGACAUAAAAAUUCUCCAGGAGAAGUCUAUGGAUAUGGGCUUGAGGCUUAAGAAUCGUAAGGUAGCUGAAUCCAAAUUGGCUGAGUUUGUGGAAGACAUAAUAGUCCCUCCAAGGAUGGUGGAUAUAAUUGUUGAUGGAGAGGUCAAUGAGGAAUAUAUGCGAACUCUUGAGAUGUUAAGUAAGAAGCUGAAGUUUGUAGAAGUGGACCCGAUGGUUAAGGCUUCAAAAGCUCUAAAAGAUGUUCAACCAGAGCUUGAAAAACUCCGGCAGAAAGCAGUUUCAAAGGUGUUUGACUUCAUUGUUCAGAAACUCUAUGCGCUAAGAAAACCCAAAACAAAUAUCCAAAUUCUUCAACAAAGUGUCCUGUUAAAAUACAAAUAUAUUGUUUCCUUUCUCAAGGAACAUGGCAAGGAGGUAUACAAUGAAGUUCAUGCAGCAUACAUUGAUACAAUGAACAAGGUUCUUAGUGCACAUUUCCGAGCUUACAUACAAGCUCUUGAGAAACUACAGUUGGAUAUUGCAACAUCCAAUGAUUUAAUUGGUGUGGAGACAAGAAGCACCGGUCUUUUUACAAGGGCCUGGGAACCAUUGAAGAACCGGUCUGCAGUUUUUGCUCUUGGGGAUAGGAUCAAUAUAUUAAAGGAAAUUGAUGAACCUGCAUUGAUUCCUCAUAUAGCUGAAGCCAGCUCCACUAAAUAUCCAUACGAGGUCUUGUUCAGGAGCCUGCAGAAGCUGCUUAUGGAUACUGCUACUUCUGAAUAUCAUUUCUGUGAUGUUUUCUUUGUGGAGGAAUCUAUAUUUUAUGAAAUAUUUUCAGGUCCUUUUGGUGUCAUUGAUGAGCACUUCAGUUUAAUACUUCAAAAUUGCUAUGAUGCCAUAGGGCUGAUGCUAAUGAUUUGCAUAAUACGUCAACAUCAGCUCAUCAUGUCUCGGAGGCGAAUCCCAUGCUUGGAUUCUUACUUUGACAAGGUCAAUAUUUCCCUAUGGCCUCGUUUUAAGAUGGUAUUUGACAUGCACCUCAACAGCCUGCGUAAUGCAAAUGUAAAGACAUUAUGGGAAGAUGAUGUUCAUCCUCACUAUGUCAUGAGACGCUAUGCUGAGUUUACAGCUUCCCUUAUCCACUUAAAUGUAGAGUAUGGAGAUGGCCAGCUUGAAUUGAAUCUGGAGCGAUUGAGAAUGGCUAUUGACGACUUACUUAUCAAGCUUGCCAAGAAUUUUCCAAAGCCAAAGCUGCAAACUGUUUUUCUUAUAAACAAUUAUGAUAUGACCAUUGCUGUCCUAAAGGAAGCAGGUCCUGAAGGUGGGAAAAUUCAAAUGCACUUUGAGGAACUGCUGAAGAGCAAUACAGCAUUAUUUGUGGAAGAAUUGCUUCAGGAACAUUUUAACGAUUUAAUCAAAUUUGUGAAGACCAGAGCCUCUGAGGACCCCACUUCAAGUUCUGAUAAGCCCAUAACCGUCGCUGAAGUGGAGCCGCUGGUGAAGGAUUUUGCUAGUAGAUGGAAGGCUGCAAUAGAGUUGAUGCACAAAGAUGUCAUUACUUCUUUCAGCAAUUUCUUGUGCGGUAUGGAGAUAUUAAGGGCUGCAUUGACUCAGCUGUUGCUUUAUUAUACCAGACUUUCGGAUUGCAUAAAGAAGAUCGUUGGUGGGUCUGCACUGAACAAGGAUCUUGUUUCCAUAUCUUCAAUCAUGUACGAAAUUAGGAAAUACUCGAGGACUUUCUAAUUUGACGCGAUUGUCAUUAUUGUGUACUAUAUCUGAUUCCUGAUCCAAGGCAUUCAAUUUACGUGUCAACAUGGAUUUUUGGAUUAUGAAAGUGAGAUGUCGUGCUUCUUU